CAUAAAGCCUCACAUACAUGUAGACAGCCGCUAGUUGGCUAACGGCAUCGACGGGAGACAUACGGAACAGGAGCUUUGUUGCCCGGGUUACUUCACCUGGCAAACGCACUUAUUCAGCCUCAAGCUGGGGAUACUUUAGUCCAGAAAAAUAAGACGUUCAAACUACGGAGAAAGCGAGGUUUAUCGAAGGACGGUGUAACAUCUGUCGCUCGGUGGAUCAGACCGCCCGCUAGCUUUGUUACAACUCCGCGCAUACGUAGUUUUAGCUCGCCAGUCGGCUAACUACGCUAACUCGAGAAGAAAGGCCGUCGAGUUGACCUAGCGUCGGUUAUUUAACAGGUAGCGAAUCAUCCUGGCAUAUCAAGGUUGCCUCUCACCGCUUGGAUCGGAAAACCGUCAAAUUGAAGAGCAGAACACUGAGAGAGGAUGGCUCUGAAAAGGAUCCACAAGGAGCUUAACGAUCUGGCUCGUGACCCUCCAGCACAGUGCUCAGCCGGCCCAGUGGGUGAUGACAUGUUUCACUGGCAAGCCACAAUCAUGGGACCUAGUGACAGUCCAUAUCAGGGAGGUGUUUUCUUCUUGACAAUUCAUUUUCCAACAGACUACCCCUUCAAACCACCCAAGGUUGCAUUUACAACAAGAAUUUACCACCCAAAUAUUAACAGUAACGGCAGUAUCUGUCUGGAUAUUCUCAGAUCACAGUGGUCUCCUGCACUUACUAUUUCUAAAGUUCUUCUCUCCAUUUGCUCACUCCUAUGUGACCCAAACCCUGAUGACCCACUAGUGCCAGAGAUCGCACGAAUCUACAAAACAGAUAGUCAGAAAUACACCAAAAUGGCAAAAGAAUGGACACAAAAAUACGCAAUGUGAUGGCAUCGUUUGGAAAGCUGGUGGAAAAUGUUGUUGCUGGUUCAAACUUAAAAUUCCAGGGUUCUGUUUUUCUUUUUUCACUUUAUUUCUUCGUUAAUCAAAGCAUUUUACCCCUCCCUUCCUUCCCCACCUGCGCGCUCAUAAGAAGAUAGUGUUUUCUCUCUAGGACACGUGCCAGUUUCUGUGAGGUUUCGACUCCCAUUUUGUAUGGAGUUUAAAAAGAAAAAAAAAAAAAGAAAAAAGAAAAGAAAAUCACCAUGGUUCUGAACACUCGGCUUUAGCAUGCACCAGUAAGAGUUUUUCAACCCCAAAUUGGUGAUGUUAGUAAUUCACUCUGCACACACUUAGUAGAAUCAGAUGCAACUGGUCUCCUGAUGCUGAAUAUAUCAACCCCAUGGUGAUCCAGCUGGUUCACCGGAUGGAUCCUGUGGGGUUGAUGUUUACUUCACUGUGGGCUGGGUCUUUUUGAAGCAUUUCUCGAGAGGCCUGUCUUUUGCCAUACCCGUAAAUUCUGAAUUUGAAAGUUUCAGAUUGGCAAAAAUCUGUCUGCAUUUUAUUUGAAAGUGGUAAAAUCUGAAAUGGGGGGGGGAAUGCCUUUUCUCUGAACGAUUAGGGAAACUGGUCCCUGUGGCUCCUGGACUGGUGUGAUGUCAGUAUGUUCUUCUGAUCAUUAGUAUAGGAAUUUAUUACCUGAGGAAAGAAGUGUAUCUUAUUCCACUAUCAAAGUGUGUGUACAGAGAAGCACAGCAGUAUAUAUCAAUGUUAAGGAAACAAAAUAUAAGAACUUCAAUGUUGUAUUUUAUGCAUGUUAAUAAAGGUAGGCUAUUAUAUCUGAUAUGUUUCUGCAAAUUAAGUGGAUUGUAAGGCUGAACAGUUGGAAAAAAUUGGUUCCCCUCAAAGGCUUCCUAUUUCUUUUUUGUUAUUUAGAAGCCAGUAGAUGAGCAGUUAGUUUUAUGCCCACUCAAACACUGUCUUCUUGUAGCCCUAAAAUAUUGAUGCAAAGCUAAUGGUUGAUAAUCAACUUGUGGCUCUGUUUCUUUUUAGUUUUCCAUUCAAUAAAGUUACUUAAACCAUAA